AUGCGAGUCGGAGUUCGGGUAUGGAGAAAAGCGUGGGGUAUGGAUGACUACCUUAUGUUUGUUGGAGUUAUUCUAUUCUCAGUCACGGCCUCUCUUUGCAUAGUCUGCUGUUACUAUGGCUCCGGGCAGUUUGCACGGGAGCUGCCACCCGUAACAAUAUCCAAAGGGACAAAGGUAGAUACAUCCUUUACACAAAGUUCUACUGGAAUCCAAAUUGACGUCUACCAGCUGUUCUAUAUCGCGGAGUAUUUCUAUGCUGUCAGCGCCAUGUUCGUUAAGAUCAGUGUUGCAGUGGCGCUUCUCCGUAUCGCCGCCAAUCGCCAAUUCUUCACAUGGGCUCUGCGGGCUCUUAUUGGGGCUACUAUCGUUGCAGCCCUUGUUUUCUGUAUAGGUAUCGCAAAUAUCUGUCAUCCUAUCAACACUCUCUGGGGCGAGUCGAAUGGCACCUGCAAUCUGCAACUUAACACGAACGUCAGUCUAUUCUAUUCAGCCAUCGAAAUUGCAGCAGACUUCAGUCUCUCAAUCAUGCCUGCGAUCCUGCUUUGGAACGUUCAGAUGAAGGGGGCUGUCAAGGCUUCAGUGGCUGUGAUGCUAGCGCUCGCUUCUUUUGCAUCGUGCGCCACCAUCGUGCGUCUCAAGUACCUCACGCUUUACAGUGACCCUGGCGAGUUCAUGUACAGUACGGGCAAAAUCGGCUUCUGGUCUCUGAUCGAAGUAGGCAUCGGCCUCAUCGCCGGCUCACUACCUCCUCUUCGCCCUCUCCUCUCCCUUCGCAUCAGGGUAUCCGCAGGCUCUAAUACACCUGCCGCAUCCAGUGGAAGAGCAUACCAAUCGGGGACGAAUGGCAGGCAGCCCACCUUGCGCUCGCGUGGCAUAGCUAUGGACACAUUCCAGACUUUGGGUGACAAUGAUGACGCUGAUCAGAGCGACGGCGACUCGCAGAAGAACAUUAUCAAGGAGACUAAGUUCACUGUAACAUCGACAAUUGCCGGAGGUCAUGGAAACCCUGGGUCAAUGUCUUGGGACCGUAAGGAGGGAAGCCAUGUCUAA